CGCCCUGCGGCCACUGCGCCCGCUCAAAAUCGCGCUGCGCGCCGCGUGGGACCCCCGACAACGCCCCGCGCCGCGCCGGACACCUCCGAAAGUGCUCGGGGAGCCCCCAGAACCGCACCGCCGGAGACCCCCGACAGCGCCCGAGGGACCCGAGCCUGCCCAGGACCGCGCCCGGAUCCAAAAUCGCACUGCGCGGGACAGCCUCCAGCGCCCCGCAAGUCCUCCCGGGGCACCCGCAAACCCGCUGGGGGACCGCCACCCCGCAUCGCCGCGCGCCUCUCCGAGGACCCCCUAAGGCCGCCCCGCGAGUUCGACCCCACCCGGAUCCACCCCCCGUUUGAAAAUCGCACCGCGCGCAGCAGGAUCCAGCGCUCCUAAAACCGCCCCGCGCCCCCAGAGAGGCGCCCAGGACCCCCCGGUGCUACCCGGGACCUCCGGAGCCCGCAGCGGGAGGCCGAUUCGGAGCCCCCGGAGUUGCGCGCAGCCAUGAGCAGCCAGGAGGCGCCGGGCGAGGAGGCGGAGGAGAUGCCGGCCACCGAGAAGGACCUGGCCGAGGACGCGCCGUGGAAGAAGAUCCAGCAGAACACGUUCACGCGCUGGUGCAACGAGCACCUGAAGGGCGCCAACAAGCGCAUCGGCGACCUGCAGCGCGACCUGAGCGACGGGCUGCGCCUCAUCGCGCUGCUCGAGGUGCUGAGCCAGAAGCGCAUGCUGCGCAAGUUCCACGCGCGCCCCAACUUCAGGCAGAUGAAGCUGGAGAACGUGUCCGUGGCGCUCGAGUUCCUGGACCGGGAGCGCAUCAAGCUCGUCUCCAUCGACAGCAAGGCCAUCGUGGAUGGGAACCUGAAGCUGAUCCUGGGGCUGGUGUGGACGCUGAUCCUGCACUACUCCAUCUCCAUGCCCAUGUGGGAGGACGAGGACGACGAGGACGCCAAGAAGCAGACCCCGAAGCAGCGGCUCCUGGGCUGGAUCCAGAACAAGGUCCCGCAGCUGCCCAUCACCAACUUCCACCGCGACUGGCAGGAUGGCAAGGCCCUGGGCGCCCUGGUCGACAACUGCGCCCCCGGCCUGUGUCCGGACUGGGAGACAUGGGACCCCAACCAGCCGGUGGAGAACGCGCGCGAGGCCAUGCAGCAGGCUGACGACUGGCUCGGCGUGCCCCAGGUGAUCGCCCCGGAGGAGAUCGUGGACCCCAACGUGGACGAGCACUCGGUCAUGACUUACCUCUCGCAGUUCCCCAAGGCCAAGCUCAAGCCCGGCGCCCCCCUGCGCUCCAAGCAGCUGAACCCCCGCAAGGCGCUCGCCUACGGGCCCGGCAUCGAGCCGCAGGGCAACCGGGUGCUGCAGCCGGCGCACUUCACCGUGGAGACUCUGGAGGCCGGCAUGGGCGAGGUGCUGGUCUACGUGGAGGACCCCGAGGGCCACACUGAAGAGGCCAAGGUGGUGGCCAACAACGACAAGAAGCGGACGUACUCGGUGAGCUACGUGCCCAAGGUGGCCGGGCUGCACAAGGUCACGGUGCUGUUCGCGGGGCAGAACAUCAACAAGAGCCCGUUCGGCGUGAACGUGGGCCUGGCGCUGGGCGACGCCAGCAAGGUCACGGCGCGCGGCCCCGGCCUGGAGCCCGUCGGCAACGUGGCGCACAAGCCCACCUACUUCGACAUCUACACAGCCGGGGCGGGCGCAGGCGACGUGGCCGUGGCCAUCGUGGACCCGCAGGGCCGGCGCGACACGGUGGAGGUGGUGCUGGAGGACAAGGGCGACAGCACCUUCCGCUGCACCUACCGCCCGGUGCUGGAGGGGCCCCACACCGUGCACGUCUCCUUCGCCGGCGCCCCCGUGCCCCGCAGCCCCUUCCCCGUCCACGUGGCUGAAGCCUGCAACCCCAACGCCUGCCGGGCCACGGGCCGGGGGCUGCAGCCCAAGGGCGUGCGGGUCAAGGAGGUGGCCGACUUCAAGGUGUUCACCAAGGGCGCGGGCAGUGGGGAGCUGAAGGUCGUCGUCAAGGGGCCCAAGGGCAUUGAGGAACCAGUGAAGGUGCGAGAGGUGGGCGAGGGUGUAUACGAGUGUGAGUACUAUCCCGUACUGUCCGGCAAGUACAGCGUCACCAUCACCUGGGGCGGCUACGCCAUCCCCCGCAGCCCCUUCGAGGUGCAGGUGGCACCAGAGCCAGGGCUACAGAAAGUUCGUGCCUGGGGGCCUGGCCUGGAGACCGGCAUGGUGGGCAAGUCGGCCGACUUUGUGGUGGAGGCGAUCGGCACCGAAGUGGGCACACUGGGCUUCUCCAUCGAGGGCCCGUCGCAGGCCAAGAUCGAGUGCGACGACAAGGGGGACGGGUCGUGCGACGUGCGGUACUGGCCCACGGAGCCAGGCGAGUACGCCGUGCAUGUCAUCUGUGACGAUGAGGACAUCAAAGACAGCCCCUUCAUUGCGCACAUCCUUCCCGCCGCCCCCAAUUGCUUCCCCGAAAAGGUAAAGGCCUUCGGGCCCGGCCUGGAGCCAACCGGCUGCAUCGUGGACCGGCCGGCCGAGUUCACCAUUGACGCGCGAGGCGCUGGCAAGGCCGAGCUCAAGAUCUACGCCCAGGAUGCCGAGGGCUUCCCCAUCGACAUCAAGGUGAAGGACAACGGGGACGGGACGUACCGCUGCGUCUACGUGCCCACCAAGCCCAUCAAGCACACGAUCAUCCUGGCCUGGGGCGGCGUCAACAUACCCAAGAGCCCCUUCCGCGUGAGCGUGGGCGAAGGCAGCCACCCUGAGAAGGUGCGGGUGUACGGGCCAGGAGUGGAGAAGACAGGGCUGAAGGCGAGCGAGCCAACAUACUUCACCGUGGACUGCAGCGAGGCUGGACAGGGGGAUGUGAGCAUCGGGAUCAAGUGUGCGCCAGGUGUGGUGGGGCCGGCCGAGGCCGACAUUGACUUUGACAUCAUCAAGAAUGACAAUGACACGUUCACAGUCAAGUACACACCGCCCGGCGCUGGGCUCUACACCAUCAUGGUGCUCUUUGCCAACCAGGAGAUUCCAAGCAGCCCCUUCCGCAUCAAAGUGGACCCCUCCCACGAUGCCAGCAAGGUUAAGGCUGAGGGGCCGGGGCUGAGCCGCACAGGCGUGGAGGUGGGGCUGCCCACGCACUUCACCGUGCACACCAAGGGUGCCGGCAAGGCCAAGCUGGACGUGCAGUUCUCCGGCCCCACCAAGGGCCCAGCCACGCGGGAUGUGGAGAUCAUCGACAACCACGACUACUCCUACACCGUCAAGUACACAGCACUGCAGCAGGGCAACCUGAGCGUGGUGGUGACGUAUGGAGGGGACCCGGUGCCCAAGAGCCCCUUCACUGUGGGUGUGGCACCACCCCUUGACCUCAGCAAGGUCAAAGUGCAAGGACUCAACAGCAAGGUGGAUGUGGGUCGGGACCAGGAGUUCACAGUGAACACGCGGGGUGCGGGCGGCCAGGGCCAGCUGGACGUGCGCAUCACAUCGCCCUCGCGCCGGCCCAUCCCCUGCAAGGUGGAGACGGGCACUGGUGACGCGCGCCCGGUGCAGUACAUGCCACCCGAGGAGGGGCCCUACAAGGUGGAGGUGGCCUACGAUGGGCACCCUGUGCCCGGCAGCCCUUUCGCCGUUGAGGCUGUCAUGCCCCCCGACCCCUCCAAGGUGUGUGCCUACGGGCCGGGACUGAAAGGUGGGUUCGUGGGCAAGCCAGCGCCAUUCACCAUCGACACAAAGGGCGCGGGCACAGGUGGGCUGGGGCUGACGGUGGAGGGCCCGUGCGAGGCCAAGAUCGAGUGCCAGGACAACGGGGAUGGAUCGUGCUCCGUGUCCUACCUGCCCACGGAGCCAGGCGAGUACGCCAUCAACAUCCUCUUCGCCGAGGCCCACAUCCCUGGCUCGCCCUUCAAGGCCGACAUCCAGCCCCUGUUCGACCCCAGCAAGGUGACGGCCAGCGGGCCAGGGCUGGAGCGCGGGCGGGCAGGUGAGACGGCCACCUUCCUGGUGGACUGCUCAAAGGCGGGCGAGGCCGAGCUGACCAUCGAGAUCAUCUCGGACGCGGGCGUCAAGGCCGAGGUGCUGAUCCAGAACAACCGGGACGGCACCUACACCAUCACCUACACGCCCGCCUGCCCCGGCGCCUACACCAUCACCAUCAAGUACGGCGGGCUGCCCGUGCCCAAAUUCCCCGCCCGCCUCACUGUCGACCCGGCUGUCGACACCAGCCCCAUCAAGGUCUACGGUCCCGGCGUGGAGCCCCGAGGCGUGCUGCGCGAGGUGACCACGGAGUUCACGGUGGACGCCCGGGCGCUGACCAAGACCGGGGGCAGCCACAUCAAGGCGCGCGUUGUUAACCCCUCGGGUGCCAAGACGGACACCUACAUCACGGACAACGCGGACGGCACCUACCGCGUCCAGUACACAGCCUACGAGGACGGCGUGCACCGCGUGGAGGUGACCUACGACGACGUGCCGGUGCCCAAGAGCCCGUUCCGCGUGGCCGUGGCCGAGGGCUGCGACCCCUCCCGCGUGCGUGCCUAUGGCCCCGGCCUCGAGGGGGGGCUGGUCAACAAAGCCAACCGCUUCACCGUGGAGACCCGGGGUGCAGGCACCGGGGGGCUCGGGCUGGCCAUCGAGGGGCCGUCGGAGGCCAAGAUGUCGUGCAAGGACAACAAGGACGGGAGCUGCAGCGUGGAGUACAUCCCCUUCACACCCGGCGACUACGACGUCAACAUCACCUUUGGGGGACGCCCCAUCCCAGGGAGCCCCUUUCAGGUGCCGGUGAAGGACGUGGUGGAUCCCAGCAAGGUCAAGUGCACGGGGCCGGGGCUGGGGGCCGGCGUCCGGGCCCGGGUGCCGCAAACCUUCACGGUGGACUGCAGCAAGGCCGGGCGAGCCCCGCUCGAGGUCGUGGUGCUGGGACCCUCCGGGCUGGCGGAGCCGGUGGAGGUGCGCGAUAACGGCGACGGGACCCACAAGGUGAACUACACGCCGGCCACCGACGGGCCCUACACCGUGGCCGUCAAGUACGCGGGGCAGGAGGUGCCACGCAGCCCCUUCAAGAUCAAGGCGCUGCCGGCGCACGAUGCCAGCAAGGUGCGGGCCAGCGGCCCCGGGCUGAGCGCGGCCGGCGUGCCCGCCAGCCUGCCCGUGGAGUUCACCAUCGACGCCCGCGACGCUGGGGAGGGGCUGCUCACCGUGCAAAUCCUCGACCCCGAAGGCAAGCCCAAGAAGGCCAACAUCCGGGACAACGGGGACGGCACCUACACAGUGUCCUACGUGCCCGAUCUGACCGGGCGCUACACCAUCACCAUCAAGUAUGGCGGCGACGAGAUCCCCUUCUCGCCCUUCCGCACCCACGCGUUGCCCUCCGGCGAUGCCAGCAAGUGCCUCGUCACAGUGUCCAUCGGGGGCCACGGACUGGGCGCCUGUCUGGGCCCUACCAUCCAGAUCGGGGAAGAGACGGUGAUCACGGUGGACGCCAAGGCGGCCGGGAAGGGCAAGGUGACCUGCAAGGUGUCCACGCCCGACGGGGCCGAGCUGGACGUGGACGUGGUGGAGAACCACGACGGCACCUUCGACAUCUACUACACGGCCCCCGAGCCCGGGAAAUACGUCAUCACCAUCCGCUUCGGCGGCGAGCACAUCCCCAACAGCCCCUUCCACGUCCUGGCCUGCAAGACGCCACCCCCCGCCGAGGAACCCAGACAGAUGCCGCCCACCGGCGCCUUCCCGCCCCGCUGGGCCACGGAUGAGCCGGUCGUGCCCGCUACCGAGAGCUUGCGCCCCUUCAACCUGGUCAUCCCCUUCACUGUGCAGAAGGGGGAGAUUACGGGCGAGGUGCGCAUGCCUUCCGGGAAGAAGGGGCGGCCCCGCAUCACGGACAACAAGGACGGCACCGUGACGGUGCAAUACUCGCCCACCGAGAAGGGGCUGCACGAGAUGGACAUCAAGUACGACGGCAACCACAUCCCAGGGAGCCCCCUGCAGUUCUACGUGGACGCCGUCAACGCCCGACACGUCAGCGCCUACGGGCCUGGCCUGAGCCACGGCGUGGUCAACAAGCCGGCCACCUUUACCAUCAUCACCAAGGAUGCGGGCGAAGGGGGACUGUCGCUGGCCGUGGAGGGCCCAUCCAAGGCGGAGAUCACAUGCCAAGACAACAAGGACGGGACAUGCACCGUAUCCUACCUGCCCACGGCGCCCGGAGACUACAGCAUCAUCGUGCGCUUCGAUGACAAGCACAUCCCCGGCAGCCCCUUCACCGCCAAGAUCACCGGCGACGACUCCAUGCGCACGUCGCAGCUCAACGUGGGCACGUCCACGGACGUGUCGCUGAAGAUCACGGAGACGGACCUGAGCAUGCUGACGGCCAGCAUCCGCGCACCCUCGGGCACCGAGGAGCCGUGCCUGCUCAAGCGCCUGCCCAACCGCCACAUCGGGAUCUCGUUCACGCCCAAGGAGGUGGGCGAGCACGUGGUGAGCGUGCGCAAGAGCGGGAAGCACGUCACCAACAGCCCCUUCAAGAUCGUGGUGGGGCCCUCGGAGAUCGGAGACGCCAGCCGCGUCAAGGUCUGGGGGGCCGGGCUGGCCGAGGGCCGCACCUUCCAACUGUCCGACUUCAUCGUGGACACGCGCAGCGCAGGCUAUGGAGGGCUGGGGCUGUCCAUCGAGGGGCCCAGCAAGGUGGACAUCAACUGCGAGGACAUGGAGGACGGCACCUGCAAAGUGACCUACUGCCCCACCGAGCCGGGCACCUACGUCAUCAACAUCAAGUUCGCCGACAAGCACGUGCCAGGCAGCCCCUUCAUGGUGAAGGUGACGGGUGAGGGGCGCAUGAAGGAGAGCAUCACGCGCCGGCGCCAGGCCCCCUCCAUCGCCACCAUCGGCAGCACCUGCGACCUCAACCUCAAGAUCCCAGGGAACUGGUUCCAGAUGGUGUCGGCCCAGGAGCGGCUCACGCGCACCUUCACGCGCAGCAGCCACACGUACACGCGCACGGAGCGCACCGAGAUCAGCAAGACGCGGGGCGGCGAGACCACACGCGAGGUGCGGGUGGAGGAGUCCACCCAGGUCGGCGGCGACCCCUUCCCCAGCGUCUUCGGCGGCUUUCUGGGCCGCGAGGGCCUCGGCGCCUUCAGCACCAUCGCCCGCAGCCAGGAGGGUGAGGCGGCACCACAGGACAUGACGGCGCAGGUGCUGAGCCCGUCAGGGAAGGCGUCCGAGGCGGAGAUCGUGGAGGGAGAGGACAGCGCCUACAGUGUGCGCUUCGUGCCACAGGAGAUGGGCUCCCACACCGUGGCCGUCAAGUACCGGGGCCAGCACGUGCCCGGCAGCCCCUUCCAGUUCACUGUGGGGCCCCUGGGCGAGGGCGGCGCCCACAAGGUGCGGGCAGGCGGCACCGGGCUGGAGCGCGGCGUGGCCGGCGUGCCAGCCGAGUUCAGUAUCUGGACACGAGAGGCGGGUGCCGGGGGCCUGUCCAUCGCCGUCGAGGGGCCCAGCAAGGCUGAGAUCGCCUUCGAGGACCGCAAGGAUGGCUCCUGCGGCGUCUCCUACGUGGUGCAGGAGGCUGGCGACUACGAGGUCUCCAUCAAGUUCAACGACGAGCACAUCCCCGACAGCCCCUUCGUGGUGCCCGUGGCCUCCCUGUCCGACGACGCACGGCGGCUCACGGUCACCAGCCUGCAGGAGACGGGGCUGAAGGUGAACCAGCCGGCCUCCUUCGCGGUGCAGCUCAACGGCGCGCGCGGGCUCAUCGAGGCCAAGGUGCACACGCCCUCGGGCGGCGUGCAGGAGUGCUGCGUCUCCGAGCUCGAUAGCGACAAGUCAGCCAUCCGGUUCAUCCCGCGGGAGAACGGCGUCCACUCCAUCGACGUGAAGUUCAACGGGCGCCACAUCCCCGGCAGCCCCUUCAAGAUCCGCGUUGGGGAGCAGAGCCAGGCUGGUGACCCCGGGCUUGUCACUGCCUACGGCCCCGGCCUCGAGGGCGGCACCACAGGCGUGUGCUCGGAGUUCUUCGUGAACACGGUGAACGCGGGUGCCGGCGCGCUGUCAGUCACCAUCGACGGCCCCUCCAAGGUGCAGCUGGACUGCCAGGAGUGCCCCGAGGGCCACCGCGUCACCUACACACCCAUGGCGCCUGGCAGCUACCUCAUCUCCAUCAAGUACAGUGGCCCCCACCACAUCGUGGGCAGCCCCUUCAAGGCCAAGGUCACAGGUCCACGGCUGUCAGGUGGGCACAGCCUGCAUGAGACGUCGACGGUGCUGGUGGAGACGGUGAUGAAGUCAGCGGGCGCAGCAGUGGCGGUGGCAGCAGCACGGGGUCCCGGCUUCCCGGCCAUGCCCAAGUUCUCGUCCGACGCCAGCAAGGUGGUGGCACGCGGCCCCGGGCUCAGCAAGGCCUUCGUGGGCCAGAAGAACACCUUCACGGUGGACUGCAGCAAGGCUGGCAGCAACAUGCUGAUGGUGGGCGUGCACGGGCCCAAGACACCGUGCGAGGAGGUAUAUGUGAAGCACGUGGGCGGGCGCGUCUACAACGUCACCUACACGGUGAAGGAGACGGGCGACUACGUGCUCAUCCUGCGCUGGGGCGACGAGAACGUGCCUGGCAGCCCCUUCCGCGUCAGCGUGCCCUAGGUCGCACCAGCCUCUGCCCCCCGCCCGGUGCCUGCGUGUCUUGAUCCCUCCCUGCCCCGCCAGUGCCCGCGUGUCCCCAUCUCCCCCUGCCUUGCUGGUGCCCAUGUGUCCUGAUCCCUCCACCCCACCAGUGCCCGCAUGCCCCGAUUCCCCCAUCCUGCCAAUGCCUGUGUGCCUUGAUUCCCCCCUGCCCUGCCGGUGCCCGUGUGUCCCAAUCCCCCUGCCCCGCCAGUGCCUGUGUGCCCUAGUACAGGACAUGUCCCACCCUCCCACCUGCCAGCCCACUGCACACCGGCUACCCACAAUGCCCUGCACCCGGGCCCUGGGCAGAAGGGCCCGUUGCACUGGUUCUCGGUGGGGCGGGGGGUAGAAGGCACUGCCCGCCUGGGGGGGCAUGGAGGGCAAGAGCCAGGGAGACACAAGGGGACAUGAUCCCCCCCACCCGGGGGAUCCCAAAACCAGUCUUUUUUUUUUGUAAAAAAGGAGAAAAAAAAAAACUAUAUACAAAAAAUGCUGCUGGGGGGGAGGGGGGAGCCGGUGCCCCCCACUCAGCACCCCCCACCACAAUAAACCACUCGCUCGUCUGCCACCA